AUGGCGGUUUGUAAUUCAAAAUACCCAGUUGGUUCUCCUCAGGAACAUAUACAAAUGUGUGAAAAUCAUGGUUUACCUAUCGAUUUGGUGUGUGAGGACUGUCAUAUAUUCAUUUGUUCUACAUGUGCAAAAACGGACCACAGUGGACAUAACUGGGUCACACAGGGUGUGGCGGCCAGUCAGAGGAGAAAAGGACUUUUAAAGUUUCUAAGGAACAUAAAGGAAGUGCAAUUGCCGAAGGUGGAUGAGAGGAUAAUUAAAAAGAAGACUGAAAAUGAAAGAACAUGUGAAUCCCAGAUGAAAAAUGUAGAGAAGCAUUUUAAUGAAAUCAUAGCCAAGCUGACAGAUAUCAGGGAUCGCAAAGAGGAAGUAUUAAAAAGCAAUUUGCGUAAGAAAAACGAACAUUUAGCCAUUGAGAAAUCCCGAAUGGACAAGGAAAAGAAACAACUAAUUGAAAUGGUAAAAUAUACAUGGAGGAGAACAGUAGAACCAUAUCUGAUAAGAACUUCAUAG